AUGAACGAAUCAAGCCAGAAGAAGCGCAAGAAAGUGUCAAAGGCCUGCCUCUAUUGCCGGCGGUCGCAUAUGAUUUGCGAUGAGCAGAGGCCUUGUUCGCGGUGCUUGCGUCGAGAUAUCGGCCACCUUUGCCGUGACGAAGACUCGAGACUGCCUAUGGAUGUCGAAGUCGAUCCAGAGCGAAUACAACCGACGCUAGCAUCUCUGGACAAGCAGCACCCAGCGCUACAGCAGCCGCCCAAAAACGUCGCCUACAGCGGCCUUUUGUCACAGCAGCCCACGUUUGUUUCAGAGCACGUCGGGUCCGAGUUCUUGUCUCUCAACGAGUUUAUGAACAUGCUGGAGGAACCAAUUAUUCUUGAGCCGCCGGCGGUUACACAUAGCGCGCCCCGCAAUCCUGAGGAUCAGCCUACGCUGAAAGAAAACUUCUUUCUCACCGCAGCAGACCCGUCCGCGGAAAUGACCCCAGAAGAUCGACUGAAAUCCGUGAUAAACGCCAAAUUGGAGGCCGGUCUGCUGCGGCCAUAUAACUACGCGCAGGGAUAUGCCCGGUUACAGACAUACAUGGAUAAGCAUAUGGAUUUUCUUUCCAAACAGCGUAUCCUCAAACCGUUGUCGAUAAUUCGGCCCGAGUUCAGGGCUAUUGCGCGAUCUCUGAAAGAUGUAGAUCUUAUCUUGGUUGAGGAAAGUUUCGAACGUAUGCUUCUGUCAUAUGAUCGGGUUUUUACAUCCAUGAGUAUGCCGGCUUGUCUCUGGAGAAGAACUGGUGAAAUUUACCGUGGGAACAAAGAGUUUGCGUCCCUGGUGGACUGCAAAGUCGAUGACCUGCGGGACGGGAAAUUGGCUAUUUAUGAACUUAUGACAGAAGAGAGUGCCGUGAACUUCUGGGAAAAAUACGGGUCGAUUGCCUUUGACAAAGCCCAAAAGGCUGUGCUCACAAGUUGUAACCUUCGCGCACGAGACGGCGGGAGGCAAAGGUCUUGCUGUUUCAGCUUUACAAUUCGAAGAGAUCGUUAUAAUAUUCCUAUAUGUAUCGUGGGAAACUUUAUUCCAACGAGUUAG